CAUAUUAUUAUGACAAUAUUUACAGUAAAAUCACAUAUAACAGCACCUUAAGUUAUAAAUAUGGAUUUAAAUAUAAUUGAUAAGUUGCGUCUCUUGAAGAUCGACACAGAGUUAAGACCGCAAAUUAAAAUGAAACCGAUGAACCGCUACUACUUCGUUACUUCGACUAAUCCUGGUGAGCAAUUCUUUGUUUUUGCAUCCACGGCAAUUUGGCUUAUCAAGAAGAUUGGUAAAGACAUGGAACUGCCUAACGAAGAAGACGACCCCAACUCUACCAUAGCCAAUAUUUUAGAUUUUUUAAGGGAAAAAGAUAUAACAAUAGAUUUUUCUUCACACAAAUUAAAACAAGGUUUUGGUGAACAGGUUUGUUAUAUUUUAAGUGUACUGGCUGAUGAGGCACUGAAGGCGCAAAAUUUUGAAUGGCAAAAGCCUAUUGUUGAUAUAGCAGAACCGGAGGAAUCGCCCGAUGACGGUGACCAAGUGGAGGACGAAACUGAAAUUAUUCUGGACAAAGUUGAAGAAGAAAUGGCUAUAUAUUCAGAAGAAUCAGAUGGAGAAUACGGUAAUGCAGAUGAAAAAGAAACUAAUGAUAUUUCUACUAAAAUGCACGAUUGGGAAGCCUGGAAACUUGAGUUGGAGCGAGUGGCACCGGCUUUGAGACUGAAGAUCUCUGCCGACGGUCGAGAUUGGAGGGCGAGACAUUCUCAAAUGAGAAGUUAUAAAGACGAACUCUUUGAUAGAUUCAAGAUUACCGAAACGCAGCUAAAUAAAUUAUAUAAUAAUAUAAGUUCUGUGAUGGAUAAGAUUUCUGCUAGGGAGAACAUACUAAACGAGCAAUUUGAACCUUUAGUUAGAGAGUAUGGAUCACUUUUGGAUGAGCUAAAUAAAGUUACAAAUGAGUAUAAAGAGGUGAGUGUGGGUGUGACAGAGAGGCAAGAAACGUUGAAUGAAAUAACUGCUAAGGUGGAAAAUAUAAAACAACGUACGGAAUCCAGAGGAUCAGCUAUGAAUGACAAUUCACCAUUAGUAACAGCGAAAAAAGCUGUGGUAAAUUUGAAAAAAGACAUCCAAGAAAUGGAUUUCCAGAUAAUAGUCUUGCUCUGGAUGUUGACAACUAAAGAGAACCCAAAUAGUAAUAAUUUACUUGGUAAUUCUGAAUCGAGAAUGAUCGGGACAGAAGCUUAUUAAGCUUCAUCAUAUUAUGAAUGAGGAAUCACCUAAAUUGUUAGAAGGCAGUAACAAUUUAAGAUUACCUGCAUAGGAGUGAGAUGACAUGAGUACU